GGAGGCAGCAGCAGACGCAGCAGCAGCGCAGCAAGUGAUCAAGAGGAGGGCUGGGGACAGGUUGGACUGCCCCUUCGUGACCCGACCCUUCACCACCCCCAUGCCCCGCGGCCCACAUGACGCUGAACUGCCCACCCUGGCGGCUGCUACUGCUGCUCUCUCCGUGGGGGCCGCUGCUCCGGAGGGCGGAGGCAGGUUCUGAAGGACAGACGGCGGGGGAGCUGUACCAGCGCUGGGAACGUUACCGCAGGGAGUGCCAGGAGACCCUGGAGGCCAUGGAGCCCCCAGCAGGCCUCGCCUGUAACGGGUCCUUCGAUAUGUACGUCUGCUGGGACUACACCGCACCCAACGCCACCGCCCGUGCGUCCUGCCCGUGGUACCUGCCCUGGCACCGCCAGGUGGCUGCAGGCUUCGUCCUCCGCCAGUGUGGCGGUGAUGGCCAAUGGGGACCUUGGAGAGACCAUUCUCAGUGUGAGAACCCAGAGAAGAAUGGGGCUUUUCAGGACCAAAGGCUGAUCUUGGAACGGCUGCAGGUUGUGUAUACUGUGGGCUACUCCCUGUCCUUUGCCACACUGCUGUUCGCCUUGCUCAUCUUGAGUUUCUUCAGGCGGCUGCGCUGCACUCGCAACUACAUCCAUAUCAACCUGUUCACAUCUUUCAUGCUGCGGGCAACAGCCAUCCUCACCCGAGACCGUCUGCUUCCUCCAACUGGCCCCUACCCUGGGGAUCAGGCCCCUCUCCUGUGGAAUCAGGCCCUAGCUGCCUGUCGCACAGCCCAGGUCAUGACCCAGUACUGCGUGGGCGCCAACUAUAUGUGGCUGCUGGUGGAGGGCAUUUACCUGCACAGCCUCCUGGUCCUUGUGGGAGGCUCCGAGGAGGGCCACUUCCGUUGCUACAUGCUCGUCGGCUGGGGGGCCCCCGCGCUUUUCGUCAUUCCUUGGGUGAUCGUCAGGUACCUGUACGAGAACACACAGUGCUGGGAGAGGAACGAUAUCAAGGCCAUUUGGUGGAUCAUACGAACCCCUAUCCUCCUAACCAUCUUGAUUAAUUUUAUCAUCUUUAUCCGUAUCCUUGGUAUCCUCGUGUCCAAGGUGAGGACGCGGCAGAUGCGGUGCCCAGACUACCGGCUGAGGCUGGCUCGCUCCACGCUGACGCUGGUGCCCCUGCUGGGUGUCCACGAAGUGGUGUUUGCUCCCGUGACUGAGGAACAGGCCCGGGGUACCCUGCGCUUGGCCAAGCUCGGCUUUGAGAUCUUCCUCAGCUCUUUCCAGGGCUUCCUGGUCAGCAUCCUCUACUGCUUCAUCAACAAGGAGGUGCAGUCGGAGAUCCGCCGAGGCUGGCACCGCUGCCGCCUGCGCCACAGCCUCGGCGGCGAGGAGCCACGCCAGCCCCGCGAGCGCGCCUUCCCGACCCUGUCCUCGGGCUCUGGCCCCGGCCAGGUCGUCGCUGGCCGCGCUCUGUGCUCCAGGGCCCUCCCGGGUAAUGGGGAUGAGGCCAGCCGUGUCUUGGAAAGUUACUGCUAGGCAGCGGGAUUCUUGUGUCCAUUCAGUUAGCAUGUAUUUAUUGACCGCCUGCUGUGUACCAGGCCCGGUGUGGAGGGCGCGGGUGUGGGGGGGGACAGAAAACAAGAUCCCUGUUCUCCUAGAGAUCACAACUGAGGAAAACAGAUCAUGAAGACAGAAGUUGUACAUAUGCUGUGGGAUGGCUUAUGAAGAAAAGUUAGAAGGGGGCUAGUGUGGUCUGGAGCAUCUCUGGGGAGGUGACAUUUAAGCCAUGCCUGAGAUGAAGGAGACAGCAUUGGGAGGAAUUUAUGGAUAAGAUUCUAGGCAGAAGAGCAUCUACAAAGGCCCAGGGGCAGCAAGGAGCUUGGCCAUGUCAGAGGAACAGAGAGGUGGCCUGUGUGGCUGGAAUGGGAUGAGUCAGACUGCACUCAAGAGUCUUCGGAGCGCCUCCUAAUGGAGUGGGCUAAUGUUUUAAACAGAUCCCUCUCUGCCCUGUGUGGGAGCCGAUUAUUGGGAGCACGGGUGGCAGCUGGGAGCCCAGUGAGGAGGACACUGCAGGUGGGAGGUGGUGUUGGCUGGACCAGGGUGGUGGCCAUGUUGGGGUGUGAAACGGUUGGAUUCUGGGGCUAUUUUAAAGGUAGAACUGAGAGAAUUUGUCCAUGGAUCGCCUGAGGAAAAUGUAGCAAGAAGAGAAAUUAGGGAAGACGUCUCAGUUUGGGAUGGAGAGAGGAGAGAUAGGGAGAUUGGGUUCAGGGUGGGGAGACCCAAGAGUGCUCUUUGGAUGUGUGAAGCUGGGAAUAAGGGUCUGGAGCUCACAGGAAGGGUUAAAGAAAGAAGUGUGAGCGGCACUGGGCUCCAGAGGAGGAUUCUGUGUGCAGAUAUAAACAUGGGCAAUUCAGGGCAGGCUUCAGAGCUGAGACCUACAUCCAGAGAGACCAGGACCACUGCUAGCUGGAGUGUGGACACAUGUCCCCACCCUUCUGGGUGGUCCCUCGGAGCUAGAAUUGGGGGUGAAGCCAGCAGUCUCAUUGUGCUUGGACCACUUGUAUACAUACAAGACCCUCACUUCUAAAUCCUUCCCACAGAUAUACACUUAGAUUCACUUAGUAUCUGGGUGUUGUCAAUUCUUUUCCCCAACUCCCUGGACAGUGACCACAGCUGCUGAACUCAGAGUCCCUUGAAGCAUGUGGCCCUGCUGGGCCCUUCUUGUGGGUUCUGGGAAGGUGAGGGCCCCAGGGCUGGGCCCUUGUAAAUAAAGCAUGAGAAACAGUUGUGGGUUUUUUUGUGGGGGAGGAGGGACAGGAGAAUCUUCUUGACUAGGCCAUAAAAUGACAGGCCUACUGUGUGGCGGGGUGCUGUGUGGCCUUGUACCCUCUGGAAAGCAGUGCCGCUCAACUUUAGUCAUGUGUUGCCAAGAGAACACGGACAUCAUUCGGCCACCAUCCUCCAUGCCUAACCCCCACUGGGAAUGUUCAUGUGAUCUUCUGAUAUUUAAA